CCUCCCGUCCAUUCAAAGGUGGCCAUGUUCUAUCGAAAAAGAAGAAGCCCAGGUUUUGCUCGGUCGCUUUCUGUGCGCAUAUCCGUAUAAGCACGAUACAGCACCGAUUUGUUCAAUGAAAUAUUACAACGAAAUCGUGAAAAAAGUGAAGCAAAUUAAGCUGCCGCAAACGUCUCGUUGCUAAAUCACGGUCCUAGCGAAAAUUUCCGUGGAAGUAGCGAGGAAACGUAAGCAGCCCGGCGAUGGGCGGGCAGAAAUUCCAAUACGAUGAGAGUGGAGGGACAUUCUUCUACUUCAUUCUUUCGUUCUUGGCGCUGAUUCUGGUGCCAACCACCUUCUACUUCUGGCCCCGCAGGAAAAAGGAAGAUCCUUUUACGAAUAAACGAAAUUGCAACUGCGAGGGAUGCGUGCGAAAGCGGAUCAGCAUGGAAAAUUCCGACCCGUACAAGGGCACCAAGGAGCUGUUGGUGAAACUCGCAAUCGUCGCCGGCUGGGCACUGCUGGCCUUCCUUACCUACAAGGUGUCCCAGUUCGACUACGAGAUGUCCAACUUCGAUCCGUAUGAGAUCCUGGGCGUACCGCUCGGAUCCUCCCAGAAGGACAUCAAGAAAGCGUACCGCACGCUGUCGGUGGUGCUCCAUCCGGACAAGGAAACUGGUGAUGAGAAAGCCUUCAUGAAGCUCACCAAAGCCUACCAAGCGCUGACGGAUGACGAGGCCCGCAAGAACUGGGAAAAGUACGGCAACCCGGACGGUCCGGGCGCGACCUCGUUCGGUAUCGCACUACCAUCGUGGAUUGUUGAGAAAAAAAACUCCGUCUGGGUGCUGGGACUGUACGUUCUCGUUUUCAUGAUUGCGCUACCGUUCGUGGUCGGCACGUGGUGGUACCAAUCGAUCCGCUACAGUGGCGAUAAAGUCCUGCUCGACACGACCAACUUGUACUGGUUCUUCUUCCACAAGACGCCCCACAUGGCGGUAAAGCGCGUUAUCAUGAUACUGUCGGCUAGCUUGGAGUUUCACAGGCGUCACAACAGCCAAGUGGUGGAGCGGCCAUCGGACAACGUGGAGGUGCCGGCGCUGAUGCGCGAAAUGCCUUACGUGAACGAAAAGUGCAAAGAACUGCCCUUUUCGCACAGCUACUCACUGAAAUCGCGUACAAUAUUGCAUGCGCACCUUUCGCGCAUGAUGCUCAACCCGAACACGCUCGAGCUCGAUCGUCAGCUGAUCGUACGCAAGUGUCCCUACCUGAUUCAGGAGAUGGUGAGCUGCGUCAGUCACCUGUUUAUGCUGGCGUACGCUAGGAAGAUUCAACGAGUACCGUCGAUUGAGACGAUCGAAAACUGCAUGAAACUGUCACCGAUGAUCAUACAAGGUUUGCGCGAAUCCGAGCAUCCCCUAAUGCAGCUACCCCACAUGACGAAGGAAAUGCGCGCCUAUAUGGCGCGAAAGCACAACACCCGCAACCUGCAGCAGCUGGCCCAACUGAAACCGGACCAACGCCGUGCGGUUCUUCGCAGCUUAACGGACGAGCAGUACAGCAACGUGGUGAAAGUUCUCGGCAACAUGCCGCUGAUAGAUUUCAGCAUAAAGUGUGAAGUGGUCGACGACGAAAACUCGAACGUGGUGACAGCGGGCGCGAUCGUGACCGUAACGGUUGAGUUGGUGCGCCGCAGCAUGUCCGAUCUGUUUGGCGACACGACGGCUAAGGAGAAACAAGGAAUCACGGAAAGCAACGACGAAGGCGAUACCGGAGAAGGUGACGCGGACGGAGAGCAAGAGGGCACGGACGAUCAGAAGCAGGAUGUGAAGGAGAAAAAACAAUCCGGAUGGCAGCCGAAGCACAACAAGGGCCACAAGAACAAGGCGAAGGCGGGAGGGCCCAAAAAUCGGCGGAUGGCGGCAGCGGCUUUUAAGGCAGCAACCGCAGCCGCUGCAGCGGCCGCAACCGCCACCCCACCGGUGGAAAGUGCCGCCAAGCAACCGAAAGCGAAGACCAAGGUACGUUCCGGCAAAAGCAGCGACCGGAAAGAGCAAGGGGACGAUGAUGAGGAUUCGGCAGACGCGGAAAGUGGCGCUGAGAGUGACAAUGAUGCCAGCGAAGCUGCAGCGGACGAUGAUGACGAAUGGGAAAAGUUACAGCAAAAGCUCAACAAGAGAGAAAAGCUGGAAGGGCGAUCGAAGGUGUCCCAUCCGGUACACUGUCCACUCUACCCUGAGGAAAAGCAAGAGUACUGGUGGACGUAUAUCUGCGACCGGAAAUCGCGCACGUUGCUGACCGUUCCGUACCACGUGACGAACCUGAUACACCGUGAAGAGGUGCAGCUGAAGCUGACGGCUCCCAAGUGGGCCGGCAUGUACGUGUUUACCGUUUGCCUGAGGUCGGAUUCGUAUUUUGGCAUGGACCAGCAGCUCGAUCUAAAGCUCGACGUGAAGGAUCCGGCAGCCAUCCCGACCGAACACCCGCAGUGGGACAUCAGUGAUGCCGAAUCGGAGCAGCACGAGAUGCAGGCGAAUGACAGCGAAUUCACCACCGACUCGUCGGACGGCGAGGAGGACUCGCGCAAACGAACGGACUGAGCAAGGAUACAAGGGGGUAGAGGGGGCACGCUACGGAGGGUGUUAUGUUGCCUCUCCAGCCUGGCGCCGCCAGGGGGGACACACUUGCGCAGACAUACAUAUUUUCUCUUUUUACGGAUUAACUCGACGGAGUUCAGAAUUCCGUUGCAAAGUACAAUCGCAUGUGCGCGACGGUUGGCCCAGAACAUUGAUAUUUUGUUGUGUGUGUGUUUUUGUCUCAUGCUGUGUGGAUAACAAUUUCAUCCCGUUUAUUAUCCCCGCACGGAAGGAGACGACUGAUAUCGCGGUCACACUGAAAAAAGAGCAAUGAGCGUACACGCACGUUCGUCACUUAGCAGAGCGAAUGUUCGGAGAUAUUGAAAGAGUGAGAGUUGCGUAGAGGCAUGGGAAAUGGUAAGAUAGUUUAUAUUUGUGUUCCUGUGGAAUAAAGGUAUGGUGAAAUUGUGGCACCCUUCGGGUAGAAUAGAAAUAUACGAAAAAAUUAAAAGAAACAUUUGACUGUUGAUGAGCCUUUUUUUGUUGAUACUUUAUCUGCUAUACAACCAAUCGAUUAAAAAGAUGACAGAAUGAAAUUUAUUACAGGA